UUCAAAUUUGAGUUGUUUCCACGGUCGCCCUUUAACGGUGUAAAUCUCCUUUUGCUCCAGUUUAUCGAUUGCACCAUGACCCGAGAGAGUGAAGCUGUGGCCUCGUCUAUAAUCCAUUUGCUGAACAUUAAAUUGGCAGCGCUCCAGGAUGUCUGGGAUGAGAUUGGCAUUCUGGAAGACAAGCGGAUUCAGCGGAUAUCAUCUGUAAAGAUGCACAUAGAGCGACUUCUAGAUCAAAUGAUUCAUGAGGAGGGACUUUUGAAAGAGCAGUUAAAGGAAGCUAUUCAGAAUUGGCGGGAGAAGCUGCAAGCUUUAUGUUCUGAACUUCAUUUGGAUCCUUAUGAGGCUGAUGAAAAUUCUACUCCACUUCAACUGGAAAAAGAACUCAGAGAUAAAGUGGAUGCUUUACUUAAAGAGAAAGAUGUUCGAAUGAAAGAGUGUGAAAUGCUUCUAAAAGAAGAUCAAGCUUUGUGUACAGACCUCUGCAAGACUCCUUACUAUAUUCCUACUGGCAAAGUUCCUUCCCUCAAAGAACUUGAGGAGCUUAAAAAUCACAUCUUGAGUACAGCCAAAGAAAAGGAACACCGUUUAGCUACCUUUCUGGGACUACGAUGUGAGAUCACAGAUCUUAUGGCAGAUAUUGAUCACAUUCCUGAUACUACAUUUGAAAAGGAUGCAGUUCUAGAACAGGAGGAUCUUUUUUUCCUCUCUGAUGAAAAUAUUAAGUCAUUAGAGGUACUACGUAAACAGUUGUUGAUGCGAAAACAAGAGAUGAUAACCACACAGGAGUCUCUGAAAGAACAGAUUUGUUCUUUGUGGAAUACAUUGCAGAUUCCUAUAGAGCAGCAAAGCAUGGAUACAACAGGCUCCAUACCUGAAGUCAAUGCAACAUUGCAGCAGACCCUUGAGCAACUUCAACAAAUGAAGAUUAAGAAUCUCAAACAAGUCAUUACUGGGCUUCGAGAGAAGCUACACACCUACUGGGAUAAAUGUCUCUACAGCCAGAAACAAAGAGAAGAACUUGAUUUCCUGCAGAGUGACAAUUUCACAGAAGAAUUGCUACAAGUGCAUGAUGAGGAGUUGGUAAAGAUCACCCUUUACUAUGAAAAGUACCAAGAAUUGUUUGAUAACAUUGAAAAAUGGCAACAUUGGUGGAAGUUGUUUCUACAAUUUGAGAAGAGGGCAUCAGAUCCAAGCAGAUAUGCUAAUAGAGGUGGGACUCUACUGAAAGAGGAGAAAGAGCGUAAUCAACUCCAGAAGAAACUACCAAAGCUGGAAGAGGAACUGAAAUUAAAUAUCGAAAAAUGGGAAACUGAGCAGGGACGUCCCUUCCUGGUUAAUGGUCAAAAUUUUUUAACUUGUAUUGCAAAUCAAUGGGAACAGCAUAGAAUUAAGAAGGAACAAGAAAAACAAAGGUGUAUAAAGAAGGACGAAGGGCUUGCCUGUAAAACUCCUUUAAAACGGCUAUUGGGUCCAUCAAAUACACCACAGAGCAAAUUCAGAAAGUUAAAUGUGACUUCAGCUAUUAUGAAUAAUGGAAGCACUUGUAACCAAGCAACAAAACCACCACUUUCAGCACGAAAGACUCCAAAUGCAAGCAAGUUGCCAGAACUGUUGCAAAGAUCAUCUCCGCAAGACAAAAAAAUGAUAAAUCCAUCAACUCCCAAUAUGGCACGGCAGCCUGGUACAUUUAGUGCACUGGUUACCAGCUAUUCAGAAUUUUCGCGCAACUUUUCUAGAAAAUCUAAUAAUGUCAAUGGACAGCUCAAUUCCACAACUCUUGGAAGUCCGUGAGUGAUCUUAGAUGCCUACUAGUUCAGGUGAAAUGGAUCCUGAUGUUUUGGAAAUUCAAAUGUCAGAUUUGUUUGAAGUUCAUAGUUAUGGUUAAAGACAUGAUUACUGGAUUUCAAUUUUGAAUGCUGCGAUGCUGUGGCUGUUACAGUGUGCUGAUCAGUUUUGACUAUUUCUGUGCAUCUGCGUGGGACUAUUUAUUUGUCGUUUUGCUUGUAUCUACCUCCCACUUUGAAUAGAACAUGUACUAUUUCACUCAUUUCAUUUGUAAACUAACUGACCUACUCUUUCAAAAAGGCAAUUCAAAGCGGCCAAAACUACCUUUUUGUGAAAGUUUCACAGCUUUUCUAAGUUUCAUUGAAAAUAUGUGCUUGUGUUUUUUUUUAAAUAAAGAGUUGGGUUUUUUGUGGGGAAAGGGGUUGUAUCAUUUUUACAGAUGCUAAUACUGGGAAUAAGAUAGCUAAAUUGAAAUGCUGGAGUAUUUACCUUCAUUACCUUAGUAAAAUCAAUCCUACCUUGAAAAUAACUACUAUUAUGUAAGGUGCCUUUUUUCAAAAAAGAAAGCUACUUACUUCCUCUUAGUGUAUUUAUGAAUUGAUUACAAGUAAUUAGGUCAUCAAAUGUGGUUAUGCAAUAAAAUAUUGAGCUGCUUUGUG